UCUCGCGUCUGCUGAGGCGCGCGUCCGUGCAGCUGGGGCGGGGCCGGGAGGACAGAGAUUAGGCAGGUGGUGGGAAACCGCGGGUCCGACUACCGGCCGAGUGAGGAGUUUGCCGAGGGUGAUUAGACGGGAGCAAGGCGCCGUCAUGACGGAGGGCACGUGUCUGCGUCGGAGAGGGGGACCAUACAAAACGGAGCCCGCCACGGAUCUCAGCCGCUGGAGGCUUAGCAACAAGCUGGGGAGGCAGACGUGGACGUACUUUGAGCCAGGGGAGGACCCUGGCCGCGAACAGACUGGCCUGGAGGCCCAUUCUCUGGGUCUGGACACUAGGAAUUACUUUAAGGACUUGUCCAAAGCACACACUGCCCAUGAAGGGGCUUUGAAUGGGACUACAUUUUAUGUUGGGCUGCAGGCCGAGGACGGGCAUUGGCCGGGUGAUUAUGGUGGCCCGCUCUUUCUUCUGCCAGGCCUCCUCAUCACAUGCCAUGUGGCAAACAUCCCUUUGCCAGCAGGAUGCAGAGAAGAGAUUGUGCGGUACCUGCGUUCGGUGCAACUUCCUGAUGGUGGCUGGGGCCUACACAUUGAGGACAAGUCCACAGUGUUUGGGACUGCGCUCAACUACGUGUCUCUCAGAAUCCUAGGCAUUGGGCCAGAUGAUCCUGACCUGGUACGAGCCCGGAACAUUCUUCAUAAGAAAGGUGGUGCUGUGGGCAUCCCCUCCUGGGGCAAGUUCUGGCUGGCUGUCCUGAAUGUGUACAGCUGGGAAGGCCUUAACACCCUGUUCCCGGAGAUGUGGCUGUUUCCUGAUUGGGCACCCGCGCACCCCUCCACACUCUGGUGCCACUGCCGGCAGGUGUAUCUGCCCAUGAGCUACUGCUACGCCACCCGGCUGAGCGCUUCGGAGGACCCGCUAGUCCUAAGCCUGCGCCAGGAGCUGUAUGUGGAUGACUUUGACAGUAUCAACUGGCCGGCACAGAGAAAUAAUGUGGCCUCAGAUGACCUGUACACACCACACAGCUGGCUCCUCCGCGUGAUGUAUGUGCUUCUCAAUUUGUACGAGCGUCACCACAGCACCAUCCUGCGGCAGCGGGCCAUACAGAAGUUGUAUGAGCACAUUGCAGCUGACGACCGCUUCACCAAGAGCAUCAGCAUCGGCCCGAUCUCAAAGACCAUCAAUAUGCUUGUGCGCUGGUAUGUGGAUGGGACGGCUUCCCCUGCUUUCCAGGAGCACGUCUCUAGGAUCCCAGAUUACCUCUGGCUGGGCCUCGAUGGCAUGAAGAUGCAGGGAACCAAUGGCUCACAGAUCUGGGACACCUCGUUUGCCAUCCAGGCUCUGCUGGAGGCGGGUGUACACCACAGGCCCGAGUUUUCAUCUUGCCUGCAGAAGGCCCAUGAAUUCCUGCGUCUCUCACAGGUCCCGGACAACCCUCCUGACUACCAGAAGUACUACCGCCAGAUGAGCAAGGGUGGCUUCAGCUUUAGCACACUGGAUUGUGGCUGGAUCGUCGCCGACUGUACAGCUGAGGCCUUGAAGUCUGUGCUGCUGCUGCAGGAGAGGUGUCCCUUUGUCACUGAGCACAUCCCCCGUGAGCAGCUCUGCAAUGCUGUGGCUGUGCUGCUGAACAUGAGGAAUCCUGAUGGGGGGUUUGCCACCUAUGAGAACAAGCGUGGAGGGCUCCUGCUGGAGCUGCUGAACCCUUCAGAAGUCUUUGGGGACAUCAUGAUCGACUACACGUAUGUAGAGUGUACCUCGGCUGUGAUGCAGGCACUGAAGCUCUUCCACAGGCAGUUCCCAGACCACAGGGCAAUGGAGAUCAGGGACACCCUUGAGAAGGGCCUGGAGUUCUGCCGGCAGAAGCAGAGGCCCGAUGGCUCCUGGGAAGGCUCCUGGGGGGUUUGCUUCACCUAUGGCACCUGGUUUGGCUUGGAAGCGUUUGCCUGCAUGGGCCAGAGUUACUGGAAUGGGACUGCCUGUGCAGAGGUCUCUCAGGCCUGUGACUUCUUGCUGUCCCGGCAGAUGGCAGAUGGAGGCUGGGGGGAGGACUUUGAGUCCUGUGAACAGCGGCGUUAUGUGCAGAGUGCCCAGUCUCAGGUCCAUAACACUUGCUGGGCCCUGAUGGGACUGAUGGCUGUCAGACAUCCUGACAUAGCAGCCCAGGAGAAAGGAAUCAGGUAUCUACUUGAGAAACAGCUCCCCAAUGGCGACUGGCCCCAGGAUAAUAUCUCCGGGGUCUUCAACAAGUCCUGUGCCAUCAGCUACACGAACUACAGGAACAUCUUCCCCAUCUGGGCCCUUGGUCGCUUUUCUCGCUUGUACCCUGAGAGAGCCCUUGCUGGCUGCGCCUGACGGGGACAGCCCUUGCCAGGCUGGCAGGUGGACAGUGGUGGGAACAGGUGUUUGGUGGGGCUGCCGAGCAGUGGCAUCUUGCAAGUUCUGGGUGAGGUCAGAUAUCUUGGCUAGGUGGUGGGAUGCCCCUUGACACUGUCUUGGGCUCUAUCCCCCUCAUUCUUCACUUCUGUAGGGAUUGGGUAGAGCUGAUCGUUUUAGAUGCUUGAUUUCCAGAGUAGAUUUAGUUCUGAGAACAUCUUGUUGGUAAGGAAAAAAGUGAGACAGACCAUGAGCAGGCAUAGAGCAUGCCUGGCCUAGAACACAUCCUACCCAAGGGAGUGAAGCUGGGGAGUAUUGUCCAGCAGCAGUGUCCCAGAAGAGUGUGGCCACACCUCAUCCUGCCUGGUGUUGUCUUGAGAGAUCUAGGCAGAGUGCAUUCUGGCUGGCUGCUCCUGCAUCUUCUGUCUGUUGGGCUAAAGGAUGUGAUGGCAAGUGUUGUGGGGAGAGCUGAGUGAGGCUUCCCACUCUGCCCCGUAUCAUGAACUCAGGGCAGAGUCAGCUGUGGGGCACAGCAUCCCCACCACCAGAACUUAUCAUCACUUCGUUAAGGUAGAAACACACAUGGAAACUCAAGAGUGAAUGCGGUUGGGUUGGUCUGCUGCCCAAAACCUUCAUUGUAAGGUCAGUGCGCUCAUGGGGCCUUUUACCACUUGGCUUCCUCCUGCUCAGCUC